CACAAAUAUAUAAUAUAAAAUAUGGGUAAUAAACAAUCACAAACAAAACAACAAAAACAACCAAAGAAAUUUAAAAUUGAUAAUGACCAAAUUAAAAAGCUUCAAGAAUCUACCAAUUUUGACAAAGUAGAAGCCAAAAAAUUAUUUGAAGUUUUCUCAGAGCUUUCAAAUGGCGGUAAGGUUCCAUUAAACAGACAACAAUUCAAAGAUGGUUUAUCCAAAUUAGAACAAUGUGGUUUAAAGAAUCUCGAUAAUACACCUUUUGGUGAUAGAUUAUUUGACCUUUUAGAUACCAACAAAGAUGGUAGUGUAGAUUUACAAGAGUUUAUUAGUGGCUUAUCAAUUUUAUGUAAAGGUUCCGUUGAGGAAAAACUUGAAUUAUCAUUCAAGGCUUACGAUUUAGACGGAAAUGGUUAUAUUACAAAGAGUGAAUUAUCACAAAUGUUCCAACAAGCUUGGAUUUCAGGUUUCAAAGCACUUUCAUAUCAAACUAAUGAAGAAGUUAAUAAAGAUGAUUUAAAUAACUUCUCUGAAGAAAUGGCUCAAAUUUUUGCAGAUGGUGCUUUUUCAUCAUUAGAUGUCAAUGGUGAUGGUAAAUUAUCAUUCAAUGAAUUCAAGCAAUUUGCAAUGUCACAUCCAAAAAUUACAGCAACUCUUAAUGGUUCAAAGAAAGAUGUUCCAAUUACUUUUGAUUAAAAUAAUUUUUUAGAUUAAC